AAAAUUGUACUUUUGUCAUUGCCCUUGGGUAUGGUAUGGGAGCAUGUUCGUCUGUCAACGCUCGCUCCUCAGCCUUACCUUUUACUGUACCCGCCGCCAAGCUUCUAUUUUGCAGCGAUGAAUUCUGAGGGUGGGACUCGGAGUGGUGCUAGAUGUGGUGCUCAGCGCAGACGGUUGCGGUCGCUCGAAGCUGCGCCGCCCCCAUCUCUCCAUGACAUGUCUUCCUAUAUUGAGAUCAAGCUUGCGGAAGCUUCCUCACGCCAUUGACAGUCUUUCUCCUCGAUGCGGAUAAUCAAAUCUCACGACCCGUGGCUGUGAAGCUCGAUGAUUUCUUGGGCCGCAACUCACCCCUGGUUCAAUUCUCGUAGCCGAGCCAAAAGCUGCUUUCACGGUUCUUGUGCACUCCCCAAGACAGAAAGGAACAAUCCGGAGACCACUCAUAUAACCACUUAGGCUACUUGUCUACAACGUCAACCUGCCGCAGUUCUUAUAUGACCGUUGAAAUUCCCAAAUUCUUCCUAGGCCAUCACCCACCAUUCAUGUGCCAUGUCUCAAAUGGCUUCGCCUCUCAGCUGUCGAUUCCAGGUUUCGGAUUGUCAUCUGUCAGACAAAUCCCUCAAAUCCUCUUACUUUGCUCCCGAGCUUAUUCUGCACUCUCCAACCGACGAAAUGGGUUCCAGCUCCCAAGAGGGUGGUUUGCCAGACCCAGGCGCGGGGUCAUCAUCCGACCAGGACCUCCGCAAAUCCAACGAAUCCGCCAACCAACGCUCAAAGAAGCGGGAGCUUCGCCGACAAAAUUGGGAGCAACAUCGGGCCACCAUCAAACGCCUGUAUAUUGACGAGGGCAGAAAGCUCAAUGACAUUGUUGAGAUUAUGAAGCGGGAGCAUGAUUUUGUCGCCAACUCACGAAUGUACAAGCACCGACUAAGUCAAUGGGGCUUGAUCAAAUACAACCGCGAAUCGGAUGUGCAGCGUGUCCUGUUGGAGAAAAAGAGGAGGGAGGCCGAGGGCAAAGACAGUCACAUUGAGAUCAAUGGCCGUCCAGUUGACUUUGAGCGCAUUCAAAAGUAUUUGCAACGCAGGAAGGUUUCCGUGGAUGACUUUAUCGAAGACAAUUUCGAAGAAGGCAGCGGUAUCAUGGAAAACCCCGGGACACCUUCAAGGGAAGACGGCCUGUCCAUCACGAUUCGCACACCAUCACCAUUGCCAUACUACAGGGAGCCAUUAUUCCCAACGCCACCAAUGCCCCUAGGACUAUCCCUUUCGCCAGUCCAACAGCCACCAUCCUCUUCGCCGGUCUUCCAGGUCGCCGAAGAAGUGAUAUGGGAUACUAGAGCGUGCGCCUCGGAAAUACCCGACAGGGACGACUACGCCAAGGCCACCCAGCCGACCCCUCUCGGAAUCGCAUUUACGGAUUCUGUUAUGAUGAUUCACCUAUUUAUGACAGAAAAUGACCCUAAUCAGGCGGGGGAAUACAUGCAGCAUGCCUGUGAUCAAAUAAAGGACCUCCUCCAGCAAGCACCAUUGGAAGCCCUCCUCUGUCUCUUUGAAGCGGUUCUCUUCUUGGCAGACGUCGCGCCAGAAGUGGUAGCACUGAUCCUCCGGCACGCUGCUGACAUGUCCACUGUUCUGGUGACUCCCGAGACACAUCCUAUGCGUCAUGUCCUCACCAAGCUUGCAGAGAUAUCCAGGGGGAAAGACCCGGACUCCAUGCUCGCUCUCAGACAAACAGCCGCCAGGGCUUUCCAGUGUCAUUUGGCCACAUGGGAUCGUAUUUUGGGCCCCAGCUCGCCAGUGAUGCUUUAUUGGUAUAUCCGCUACUUGCGCGUCCUGAGCCCAGAGGAUGUCGCGGAGGGCUAUUUUUACGGCACCGAGCGUCUAGUGAAUGACAUGCUGAGCCUAGAGCAAUACAAAGCUGGGCCCAGGACGUCCGCAUUACCAGAAAUUGCCCUUGGCAAUAUGGCAGCGGGGAUUCCCUUGGAACGUUGCUCUCUCCUUGUCCGCUGGGAGAUGGCACAUGCGCGAUCUGCCCCCAAGAUUUACCGGCUGCUACAAACUUUGCUUGCCAACCUCGACCGCCACGCCAGUUCAUCUGGCUCGGGGUCAUCUGUCUCGCAAGCAUUCAUUCACUUUACUCUUGCUGGGUCUGCCAGAGAUCUAAAAAGGCCAUCAGACGCAGAGAGUCAUGGCAGCCGGGCCAUGGACAUUUUAAGGAGUGUGGGUAUGCAUGACACUGCCGACAGUGUACAGAAUUGGAUGGCUAAAUGGGAGGAUAGUGCACCUAUUGGGACUGAUGUCUAUAGGGCACAGCUUGGGAUAGCUGCCUUUGCUCAAUCGACCUGAAGCGCGUGUAAUUUCCACUUUUGGUCACGCACAAAGAGAUACUUAUUAUUAAUGUUAGUUCUGAACUGGAACCAGGUUCAUUGGGUUUUUUUCUUCUCUUCUUUUUUUGCAUAACAGGUCUAAGCAUCCCAUCAGGUGGAUACAGUACUGGACCUAAUAGACUCUAUUUCUGGAAUCCGAGGUGGUAUUUGAUGUGUCUGAAGCCACUAGCGGUAGCGACUUGGCGAGUUUUGGAACCAACUGGCGAGGUGGGGGUAAGCGGAUUACUGCCGGAAGGUCGGCUUACCGGGGCGGAGAUGUUGAGUUUUUUGGCGGAGGUGCACCUACACUACAGUCUACAGUACAGUACGCUUGUGCAUUGUUGGCUGAGCAAUGCAUUUACCCUGCUUCUGCUUUCCUUUGCGUCGGCCUUGGUCUGUAUUUGCGUCACUUCGGUGCCAACAUGAUACUAUUCUUUAUUCUUUUUUGAACUCCCUGAAAGUUUAUCG